AUGCCGUUCCCAACACCACCAACACCAUGCGCAAACGCCCAGCACACGUCAGCAACUGCUGAUGUGGCUCAGACGAAUACGGACGGGAUCAGGAGAAGGGAGGACAAGGAGAAGAACGAGAAUGAGAGCCCGGCUCAAUUAGGCCCGGCUUCGGCUGGCCCGGGGCUCAAAGCCGGGCCGGAACAUCACUACACAUUUGUUGCCGAUGAGGAUCUCCGUUCGUGGAAAGCUGAUGAAGACUCGGCCGUGAUCAUCCCGAUACUAUCAAGGCCCUCACGACGACAACUCAAGCACAAUUGGUCUCUAGGAAUGUUGUGUCCAGUUCCCACCUCGACCAACAUGGCUGUUUUCAUGGACCCAGCACAAAACCUGAUUGCCGUCGUGUAUGCUAUUCCUAGUGGUCCUCACCAGUCAGAUGAAACAGUCCGCCUCAACCCUAGAGCCCUGAAUAGUGAUAGUGUUCACCCCCAAAUUUUAGAGCGGGCCAAUUAGUAGCUGGUUAUGAAUAAAGAUCGUCGACGGGCUUCGGCUUAUUUACAUAAACUUAGACUCUGUAUAGAUAUGCACUGC